AUGUCAGAGGGAAAAAGGAGGAUACGUCAGAGGAAAAAGGGAGGAUACGUCAGAGGGAAAAAGGAGGAUACGUCAGAGGAAAAAAGGAGGACACGUCAGAGGAAAAAAGGAGGAUAUGUCAGAGGAAAAAGGGAGGAUAUGUCAGAGGGAAAAAGGAGGAAACGUCAGAGGAAAAAAGGAGGACACGUCAGAGGAAAAAGGGAGGAUACGUCAGAGGAAAAAAGGAGGACACGUCAGAGGAAAAAAGGAGGAUAUGUCAGAGGAAAAAGGGAGGAUAUGUCAGAGGAAAAAAGUAGGACACGUCAGAGGAAAAAGGGAGGAUACGUCAGAGGAAAAAAGGAGGACACGUCAGAGGAAAAAAGGAGGAUAUGUCAGAGGAAAAAGGGAGGAUAUGUCAGAGGGAAAAAGGAGGAAACGUCAGAGGAAAAAAGGAGGACACGUCAGAGGAAAAAGGGAGGAUACGUCAGAGGAAAAAGGGAGGAUAUGUCAGAGGGAAAAAGGAGGAUACGUCAGAGGAAAAAGGGAGGAUACGUCAGAGGGAAAAAGGAGGAUACGUCAGAGGAAAAAAGGAGGACACGUCAGAGGAAAAAAGGAGGAUAUGUCAGAGGAAAAAGGGAGGAUAUGUCAGAGGGAAAAAGGAGGAAACGUCAGAGGAAAAAAGGAGGACACGUCAGAGGAAAAAGGGAGGAUAUGUCAGAGGAAAAAAGUAGGACACGUCAGAGGAAAAAGGGAGGAUACGUCAGAGGAAAAAGGGAGGAUAUGUCAGAGGAAAAAAGGGAGGAUAUGUCAGAGGAAAAAAGUAGGACACGUCAGAGGAAAAAGGGAGGAUACGUCAGAGGAAAAAAGGAGGACACGUCAGAGGAAAAAAGGAGGAUAUGUCAGAGGAAAAAGGGAGGAUAUGUCAGAGGGAAAAAGGAGGAAACGUCAGAGGAAAAAAGGAGGACACGUCAGAGGAAAAAGGGAGGAUACAUCAGAGGAAAAAGGGAGGAUAUGUCAGAGGGAAAAAGGAGGAUACGUCAGAGGAAAAAGGGAGGAUACGUCAGAGGGAAAAAGGAGGAUACGUCAGAGGAAAAAAGGAGGACACGUCAGAGGAAAAAAGGAGGAUAUGUCAGAGGAAAAAGGGAGGAUAUGUCAGAGGGAAAAAGGAGGAAACGUCAGAGGAAAAAAGGAGGACACGUCAGAGGAAAAAGGGAGGAUACGUCAGAGGAAAAAAGGAGGACACGUCAGAGGAAAAAAGGAGGAUAUGUCAGAGGAAAAAGGGAGGAUAUGUCAGAGGAAAAAAGUAGGACACGUCAGAGGAAAAAGGGAGGAUACGUCAGAGGAAAAAAGGAGGACACGUCAGAGGAAAAAAGGAGGAUAUGUCAGAGGAAAAAGGGAGGAUAUGUCAGAGGGAAAAAGGAGGAAACGUCAGAGGAAAAAAGGAGGACACGUCAGAGGAAAAAGGGAGGAUACGUCAGAGGAAAAAAGGAGGAUAUGUCAGAGGGAAAAAGGAGGAUACGUCAGAGGAAAAAGGAGGAUACAUCAGAGGAAAAAGGGAGGAUACGUCAGAGGAAAAAGGGAGGAUAUGUCAGAGGAAAAAGGGAGGAUAUGUCAGAGGAAAAAAGUAGGACACGUCAGAGGAAAAAGGGAGGAUACGUCAGAGGAAAAAAGGAGGACACGUCAGAGGAAAAAGGGAGGAUACGUCAGAGGAAAAAAGGAGGACACGUCAGAGGAAAAAGGGAGGAUACGUCAGAGGAAAAAGGGAGGAUAUGUCAGAGGGAAAAAGGAGGAUACGUCAGAGGAAAAAGGGAGGAUACGUCAGAGGAAAAAGGAGAAUACCUCAGAGCAAAAAGGAGGAUACGGCAGAGGAAAAAGGGAGGAUAUGUCAGAGGAGAAAGGAGGCUACGUCAGAGGAAAAAAGGAGGACGCGUCAGAGGAAAAAGGAGGAUACGUCAUACGGAACAAGGAUCAAACGUUAGAGGACGAUUAUGA